AUGAAACUUACGAACAGAACAAUUGAAGUAAGUGAAAAUGAGGAAGUUGAAAUAGAGACAAAUAAGAUAGAUCAACAUAGUAAAGAAGAAUAUAAUAAAGAUAAAGGACAUUUAAAGAAAGAAGAUAGUAAUAGACAUAAAAAAGGGAGCAUCAAUAAAAAUUUGAAUGGAACCCUAAAUGUAAAUACUAAAGCCAUUUACAGUAAGAAAUAUCAAGAGAUAAAUAGAUCUGAUGAAAAGUCAUUUUUUAACAAUAAAAAGAUAAUUCUUUAUAAGACAGAAAUGUGUAGAAGCUUUACAGAACAAGGAUAUUGUAAAUAUGGGGAAAGAUGCCAAUUCUCACAUUCGGGAGUUGAAUUGCGGACAAUAAAUAGACAUCCUAAGUAUAAGACAGAAGUAUGUAGAGUAUUCUGGGAACAAGGCACAUGUCCUUAUGGAAGAAGAUGUUGUUUUGUACAUUUUAAAAAUGAAUUGCACACCAAAAUACCAGAAGAAGACAUAAAAUAUUUAAAAAGUGAUAAAGUGAAAGAAAAUAUUUCAAUAGAUGAUGAGUUACCAAUGAAUGAAAUAGACACAAUCGACAAUAAAGAAACAAAAUCAAGUUUAUUAACAUUAAUAAAUGAUAAAGAAUAUAAAAUGGCACGAGAAGAUUUUUAUUCUAAUAAUUUAAAUAGAAAGAAUUAUCAUUAUUUUAAGCCUGAAAUAAUCAAAGAAGAUAUUAAAUAUAAGAAUAUCACACAAAAAACUAAUAAUACAAUAUGGGGUGAAGAUACUUCCAUAUUUAAUUAUAAUGAUAUAAAUUAA